AGCGCGCUAGCCUUUUUCCGCAGGCUGCUAGUUGUAGCGCGCGUACUCUUCUUCUGUUCUACGAAUCUACAGAUCUCAAAAUCGAAGAACGAGCUAGGGUGACGAAAAGAUAGAAGCGUUAUGACUCGAUGACUAAGCGUGAUGAUUAGAGACUCCAUGGAUUCUUAAAAAUUGUUGCCAUACUUUUUAGGAAUUAAAAAAAGGGUUGGGCUAGCACUUAGACAGUGCGAGCUCGGCCAAGAGCUGUUGAAUACUUUAUUAUUCAAUCAUUUGAGAACCGAAUGAGCAGUAGAUGAGUUUAUAACAGAACAAAGAAGCCUAACCUUCUGUUCAGCCAAGAGAGGAAUCAAUAAUAGGUGGUUUCAUUAGAAGCCAGGGCGCGGAGCCCGCUACGCUCAGUCAAGGAACGAGGAAAAGCAAAAUGGAAUGAAUGGUUGAAGUGACUGAUGAGUGAGAGCGCUACGAAGAGCAAGUGCUUUCUCAACACUGAUAAUACGAUGCCCCAGGAAAAAACGACGGCCGAGCGCGUAGAGCAACAAGUUAUUGCGGGCAGGAGUUUCAAAUCCAUGAACUUCGUACAGAGCAUCUCGGAGGAAGAUGAGCAAUUGGAGCGGAAAAACAAAGAUUUUGUCCAUUUACCACCGAAAAACAAUAAUACCUUUGUGACCGUGACGGAUGCUAGGGGGAAUAAAAAAACUGGGGCUUCCGCAGGUUGUUUGGAGGAAAUCAAAGGGGGGUCUCGUCUUUCUCGGUAUGCUGCUGAAGCAACUGCAGAACAUGUCGGGCGAUCCGCCAGAAAUCUGGGGAUGAAGUCGGUUGUAAUGAAAGUGAAAGGAUCUACUUUUUUCAGGAAAAAGAAAGCAGUGAUCUUGAGCUGGAGAGAAGGUUAUACCUUUGCUGAGUGUAAGCGAAGUGAAGGAGUAGGAGAUCAAUCUAAAAUUAUGUACAUCCACGAUGUGACCCAACUUCCACAUAAUGGAUGCCGACUCCCCAGGAAACGUCGUGUUCAAAUAGUUCCAAGAAGUUCUCCAUUUUCACUUGACAACAAUUCCGGAAAAAAUCUGACUCGGAGGGAGUACGCGCGCUAGCGGCGGGGUUCGAUAAAGUGUUGGCGCGCUAGCGCGCUAGCCUUUUGAAGCAGCUAGCAGAUUCUGAAGAAAUGAGCUUCAGGCUGUGUAGUCUGAUGCAGCUGGAUGAAGCCCUUACGUAAUAGGGCGGAUGGGAGGCUGGAAAGAAACCAGAGGUAUGACGGGGAUAAUCUUUUCAGUUAUAGACUAGGUCCUGUUAUGCCAAACAAACUGGCCUGUGGUGACUGCUCGAUGGAGCCGUUGCCCCAGCCUGCGCAAGAAACUUUGAGUUCUGUAGGCCAGUCGUCAGGUCAGUAGUUGGGGGUUGUGUCAGUGAGGGGCUGCAAGCAAGUAGAGUCCGAUAGUUAAGGGAAGAGUGAAGAGGCAAGUAGCGCGUUAGGAGUCUAUAGAAACGAAAAAAGCCCAGCUCUACCAUAGAUUAGGCUCGUAGUCAGACGAGCUGAGCUGCAAGAAGUCUACUCGUCGUUGAGUCUUUCCGUCUGCGAGAAUAGCCACCCACUUCGAUUAUCCAGACGAGGAUUCGGUGCCGUCCUAAAACGCUUUGUUUUCAUCUUGACAGAUCCAUCGGUCGUCGUUCGAAUCGGGAGAGGAUGUGGUGGUAACCCCCCUUCGUCUAGAGCCGGGCGUCCAGCCGUGUAGGAAGACUCACCCUAGCCACUAUAGCGACCCCACCCCCAACUGACGCUGAGAAGCACCCUCCAUCCACUUCCCCUUUUCCGUGUGCCCAAAAGCCCGCCCGCCCGGUUUAUGAGCCCCUUUCCGAUUCCCUCACCCAAUCUCAUGAGAAGCAAGCCCAGCAGGCCUUGCCAACACCUGUCCCCAGACAGCCAGCCCUCACCAGGCUGGCAUUGCUAAAUGCUCCGCCACGAAGCAAGCUCUCCCGAAUACGACAGAUGCGGAAGUGGCUAAAGAAGUCGGAGGAAGCGAAGAAGCGAAGAAAAGCCUUACCCCUAUAUAAAAGCGCGCGCCAGAACAAGGCGAGCCAAAGGCUCGCUUUCGCCCAAUUAUUAGUAAGGCGCGCGCCAGAACAAGCAAGCAAGGGAUGAGCCCAAUGGAGAGUAAGCUGCGCGCCAGAACAAGGCGAGCCAAAGGCUCGCUUUCGCCCCGCAGAGAGUCAGGCGCGCGCCAGAACCAA